AUGCCGGUAUCUGAUGCCGUGUCCGAACUAGCGGCCAAGAUGGAGGAGCCGCAGAACCAGCGCGACAAGCGCGUCGAGGAGCUGUGGAGGAGGCUCGACCCUGCAGGACAUGGGGAGCUGGAUUUCAAGGGGCUGAAGAGGGGAUUGAGGCGGAUCGACCACCGGAUACUAGCUCAUCCUACCGAUACAGCCCUGAAAAACGCCGAUGAAAUGCUCAGGGCUAUCAUUGGCCUUGUCGACACCAGCGGUGACGGCAAGAUCCAGUAUGAAGAAUUCCGUGUCUUCGUCGAAGCCGCAGAGCGUCAGCUACUGCUGCUGUUUCGAUCCAUUGACCGCGACAAGGAUGGCAGGGUGAACCAGCAGGAGCUCCAGACAGCUUUCCAGCAUGCCGGCCUGUCGGUGCCCAAGAAGCGGUUGUCUGGUUUCUUCGAUGAAAUCGACAUGGACCAUGAUGGCUUCAUCACAUUUGACGAAUGGCGGUAA